AUGGGGUUGUUUUUGGAAAAGGGGCAAGAAAAUCACUUUGCUGAGUUGAGGAGAAAUAUUGAAGAGGUUUUGGGAUCUGCCGGUGGCAUCACUGAUCCCACUGAAGUUGAUGCAUUAGGAAUCAUAAAGGGAAGUUUGAUUGAUAUUAAUGGAAAUUUGACCAACUGGGGUGAUGGAGACCCAUGUACAUCUAACUGGACAGGGGUUAUGUGCUCUUAUACAACAUUAGUCGAUGGCUAUCUACAUGUUCAAGAACUGCAUUUUCUGAAGAUGAACUUGUCUGGAACUUUGGCACCAGAGAUUGGCCGCUUAUCUUAUCUGCAAAUAUUGGACUUUAUGUGGAAUAACAUUACUGGGAGUAUACCCAAGGAAAUUGGCACUAUCGGUCCUUUGAGACUCAUACUCCUGAGUGGAAAUCAAUUGACAGGUGAGUUACCAGAAGAUCUUGGCUUUCUUCCGUCCCUGUUCAAAUUGCAAAUAGAUCAGAACAAUAUCACGGGACCUAUACCUUUAUCAUUUGCAAAACUAAGCCGCACUGUACAUUUCCUUCUUGACAACAACAACUUAACUGGAGAUCUUCCCCCUGAGCUCUCUCAGAUGCCAAGCUUGAAGAUUCUUCAACUUGAUAACAACAACUUUGGUGGAAAUAUUCCAGAUUCUUACGCAAACAUGUCCAAAUUGAUAAAACUGAGUCUUAGGAACUGCAGCUUGCAAGGACCAAUUCCUGAUUUGAGUAGGAUACCAAACCUUACUUUAGUUGACCUCAGUUUCAAUCAGUUGAACGGGUCAAUUCCAACUAAUAAACUUUCAGCCAAUAUCACAACCAUUGAUUUAUCAAACAAUAAUCUUAUUGGAACUAUUCCAUCCUACUUUUCUGGCCUUCCAAAUCUUCAGAAGCUGUCAAUUGAAAACAAUUCAUUGAAUGGCAGUGUUCCUUCAACAAUUUGGCAGGACAGGAUUUUAAAUGGAUCAGAAAUGCUUCGCUUAGCUGGUGAAUGGGGAGCUGAAUUAAUUGAGGGUACAGGUGCUACUGAAUUUUGCAGUAUAAAUCUUCCUCCAAAUGUCACCCUCUGGCUUGAGGGAAAUCCUAUGUGCACAAAUAAUAACACCUUAGUUCAGUUCUGUGGACCUAAAAGUGACAGUAGCACCAAUGGUAACUUCAGUGUUAGCUGUCCCAUCCAAGCAUGCCCCCCUCCUUAUGAAUCCACCGUGGACUGUUUCUGUGCUGCCCCUUUGAUUGUUGAUUAUCGAUUAAAAAGUCCAGGAUUUUCAGAUUUCCUCACCUACAUGAGUUACUUUCAGAGCCACUUGUCAAUUAAUCUUAAAAUAAAUAUUAAUCAACUCUAUAUCGACAAUUUUGAAUGGGAAGAAGGUCCUCGGUUGGGAAUGAACUUGAAGAUUUUUCCUAUAUAUGUUGAUAGUAACAGCUCUCAUGUUUUCAAUAAAAGUGAGGUUCUUCGGAUCAGAGACUUGUUCAUAGACUUUAAACUUCCAGGCAAUGACUUCCUUGGACCUUAUGAAAUUCUAGACUUCAUUCUCCUGGAUCUCUACAGAGAUGGGAUAAGCAAAGGUGCACUUGCUGGUAUAGUCUUAGGUGCAACUGCUUUUUUGGUUACUUUAUCCGCAAUUGUCACCAUUCUCAUACGGAGAAUACGUUUGAGAGAUAAUCGUACACCUUCCAAACGGCCAAAAGGUAUAAGAUCAUUUGAUUAUGAAGAAAUGGCUAGCGCAACAAACAAUUUUAGUAACUCUGCUCAAAUUGGACAAGGAGGGUAUGGGAGUGUUUUUAAAGGUCUUCUUCCUGAUGGCACUGUUGUUGCCAUAAAACGUGCACAGGAGGGUUCACUGCAAGGUGAGAGGGAGUUCCUUACAGAAAUAGAACUGCUAUCAAGAUUACAUCACCGCAACCUUGUGUCUCUGAUUGGAUACUGUGAUGAAGAGGGUGAACAGAUGUUGGUUUAUGAAUAUAUGCCAAAUGGAACGCUAAAGGAUCAUCUUUCUGCUCAUUCAGAAAAAACACUUACUUUUUCCAUGAGGAUGAAGAUUGCUCUAGGGUCAGCUAAAGGUCUUCUGUAUCUACACAAUGAAGUAGAUCCUCCAAUAUUCCACCGAGAUGUGAAGGCCAGCAAUAUAUUAUUGGACUCCAAGUUCACAGCAAAAGUGGCUGACUUUGGACUUUCACGACUUGCCCCAGUUCAAGAUACAGAAGGAAACGUACCUGGUCAUGUAUCUACUGUGGUAAAGGGGACCCCGGGUUAUAUUGAUCCAGAGUACUUCUUAACUCACAAAAUGACUGAGAAGAGUGAUGUUUAUAGUCUUGGUGUUGUCUUUCUAGAACUAGUGACUGGGCGGCCAGCAAUAUUUCAUGGCAAAAAUAUUAUUAGACAGGUUAAUAUGGCAUACGAAUCGGGUGGAUUGUUUUCAGUUAUUGAUAAACGUAUUGGCUCUUAUCCCUCAAAAUACAUGGAGAAAUUUUUGAUGUUGGCCUUAAGGUGUUGCAAAGAUGCACCAGAAGAGCGACCUAAAAUGGCAGAAGUGGCUAGAGAGCUUGAAAAAAUCUGUUCAAUGUUACCGGAGAUCAAUGCUGUGGAAGCAGAAUAUGUGACAAGUGAUUUUGGAAGAAUGUUCAGUUCACAACCUUCAUCAUCUACAAUCAGCAGGAAUCCUUAUGUGUCUGAGGAUGUGUCAGGUAGUGACCUUGUCAGUGGAAAGAUACCAACCAUUAGGCCAAGAUAA